CCGCGGAGUUGAUUGUUCUCUCAGUACGAUGCGAUGGACUACUUAAACUAGACCUUCAGGCUUUGUGCUGGUCUGAGCGGGUCAUCAUCACCAAUCCUUUUACCUUCUGUCUGCGCUGUGCCCAACAUGCUCGUUCCUCGCCUUUUUACAGUCAUGGGGGUGGCCAUGACCGCAGCCUCGGCUACAGUUGUAUCGUCCAGCGAACAACAUGUCCGAAGAGGUCCACAAGAGCUGCGGGCAUGCCUAGCGGACGCGAUCGCUGAUAUAGCUCGGUUGCAGUUCUCCAACGACACGAAUUUCAUUGAACAGCAUGUUCGUCCAUACAAUCUCAAUUACCCACGCACUCCAUUUGCUGUUGCUUAUCCAAAUACCACGGGAGAAGUCUCUUCCAUUGUCCUUUGUGCUGCGAGGCAGGGUCGGAAGGUUCAAGCCAGAAGUGGCGGGCACGACUAUAUCAAUAGAAGUAUUGGCACGGGGGAUGGUAUCGUGGUGGUUGAUGUUGGUGGCUUCCAACAGCUGUCAAUCGACGAGGAGGGCAUCGCGACUGUUGGCUCUGGCCACCGCUUGAGCUCUCUUGUCGAGGGCUUGUACGCAAACGGUAAACGUCUGAUGCCCCAUGGGAUUCACUACAACGUUGGUGUCGGCGGCCAUGCCACCGUAGGCGGCAUGGGUUUCUCAAGCCGCAUGUUUGGUUAUACCUUAGAUGUCAUGACGGAGGCUGAAGUCGUCUUGUCAAACGGCCAAGUCGUCCGGGCGACAGCAGACGAAUCCUCCGACUUGUUUUGGGCCAUUCGUGGAGCUGCUGCGAGUUUCGGCAUCGUUACCGAGUUCAAGUUUAAGACCUUCUCUGAGCCUGAGUCGAUCAUCGAGUUUACUUAUCCGGUCCGGAGCAACGAUACAACCAUUCUAGCCGAGUCGGUCAAAGCAUACCACCAGCUGAUCCGCAAUUCCGAUUUUCCCGUGAACAUCAGCGUCAGCUGUCAAUUCACGCAAAGCGGCCUCGAUUUUAUGGGAGUUUUCAUUGGACAUCCGACAGAUCUUGACGUGCUCGACCUUUUUACCAGAAUUCCACACAUCAACCAUGAGGACAGCAACAUCACCGCCCAUGACUCGUGGCUGACGCUGAUGCGUUCGCAAUUUGAAGGUACUCGGAGUGUCUUUCCGGCACAAUCGCACUUCCACAGCGAAGAUAGGAUGGUACCUCUCUCGGAUCUUCCCACGAACAGCAGUAUCGACAACUUCAUUGACAAACUCUACAACUCUGGACGUGCCCCGAAUAACUGGCUGUUCCUGUUCGAUAUGCGAGGCGGCAUCCCAAACACCUUCCCCUCAAACGCCACGUCUUUUCCCCAUCGCGACGGUGCAUACACCAUCAACACUUGGAUUAGGACUGAAGGCGCUACGACUUCGAAUGUUUAUAGCCACGCUACCGAUGCCUUCCUCUCCAUCCAAGGAGGUACUCGUGAUAAGUAUCUAUCCUACGCAGCAUCUCCUGUCGUUGGCUACCACCCUGCGAGGUAUUACGGCAUACGCCAUUAUGAGCGGCUGCAGGACCUUAAGGCGACAUACGAUCCGUCAGAUGUCUUCUCGACUUCUUUGAAUAUCAAGGCAUUCUACACUCGGGGUUCUACUUUCGGCAAAAAGUAACAUUAAUCGACCGAAGAGGGAUGUCGGGCUUUCUUUCUAGCGGCAGCUGGGAGAGACAGGAUCUAAAAAGGAUAUACGAAAGGCAUGGCGAAGGGUGGCGAUCAAAAGAGUGAAUAGCUAUCUAGCUGGCGAUUUGUGAUACCCAACAAUCGAAGCCGAAUGAUGGAUGGUGAACGUGUGCGAGACCCAUAUAAAUACUCACUGGAAACCCGACAAGGACUAUAUGUAGUCCUACCGCGCCAACUGCAAUAAGAGUAUUAAAGAGUUCAGAACCAAAUAAAAUGAAAUUGAUUGUCCUUUAAUUGCAUUUUUAAGCAUCAUAAUAAACAGUGGUAGUGGUAGUAUACCGACUUGGUAAUAGUGAUGGGAGUGAUGGUGGUGUUGGUG